AAUGUCAUAUCCAUAUAACUAAAAUACACCUGGGUGUACUCUAAGAUAGAUUCCCUUCCUUCCCCUUUUCGAGUCUGGUUCAGACAACCAAACUGACGGUUAAAACCAAAAACACCAACAUCUUUCUCUUCAAGUCUCUACUCUAAUUGCUAUAUGAGCACGGGAUGAUCCUCUUCUAUUCUAGACAGCAAAAAGACAAUAUAGAAACCCCAAAACGACAUCUUUCUGAUCACUAGGAUUUUAAAGGCAGAGCAUGAAGAAAAUGCUGCACCGUGAAGGAGAGGAAAUGACAGACUCCGGUGACAGUACGGUGAUUGUAGGAGUCAAGCUUGACUCAAUGAGUAGAGAGUUGUUGACUUGGGCUUUAGUCAAAGUGGCUCAACCUGGAGAUACUGUUAUUGCUCUUCAUGUUCUAGGUAGUAAUGAAAUUGUGGACCGUGAAGGGAAAUCUUCGCUUCUCUCGCUUGUUAAAGCCUUUGACUCUGUUCUUGCUGUUUAUGAAGGUUUCUGUAACUUGAAACAGGUGGAUCUCAAGCUCAAGAUAUGCAGAGGUUCUUCAACUCGAAAAAUUUUAGUCAGGGAAGUAAAAUCUUAUGCAGCAACGAAGGUUAUAGUUGGAGCUGCCAAGAAUCAUCCUUCAAUUUGGUCAUCAACAUCUGUGGCCAAGUAUUGUGCUAAAAAGCUACCAAAGGAUUGUUCUGUUCUUGCUGUCAAUAAUGGGAAAGUUGUUUUUCAAAGGGAGCGCUCUCCAAAUACUAGUGUAGUAAACAAUUAUGUAAUUGUUACAGGAACAAAAGAUCAUAGUAAGAGUUUGCUUAGUGUCGUUCACCGUACGAUUUCCUCUGAGAAGAAAUCCAGAGAAUUGAAUGAAAGUAGUGCCAAUGGGGGCUCUAAGGAUGAUCAGGAUAGUGACCAGAUUUUGGAGAAGGCCUUAAUGAAAGCUCGUUCGAAUAGUCUGGAAAGUAUCAUGAAAGAGAAUUGCUCAGUUUGUGGGUCGGCUACGAUAUUUGCUGAUGAUUCCAGUAAUGAAUCUGCAGAAGCAUCUUCCAGUGAUAAUGGAGGUGAUGACAAGUCUUUAGCUCUAGUUCCGGUACCAAGGCUAGAGGAACCCACGAGUUCAGUUUCCACAUUAAUUAGACAAGUGCCUGAAUUAAAACCUGGUUGGCCACUGCUCUGUCGUGCAGUUUUACCAGAUAAAAAAGAAUCAAACAUAUCCUUGGUAAGGCAGGUCUGUGUGGUUCAGUGGGAGCAACUCUCAUUAUCCACUGUCAAUUCCGAUCAUAAACAGGAUGGUUCUGAUAAGGGUGAAGAUAAAUUCAAUUUAGAUGGAGAAAGUGGUGCAAUUGUUGCAGUUGGAAUGGAGACAGCGACAGCCCCGCAUACUCCUCACCACAAUUCAAGAAGUCCACCAAAAGAAUUGGAGGGUCUUCAUGAGAAAUACUCAGCAACUUGCAGAUUGUUUCAGUACCAAGAACUUCUCUCAGCUACAUCCAAUUUCUUGGCUGAAAAUUUGAUUGGUAAAGGGGGCAGCAGUCAGGUUUAUAAAGGUUGCCUUUCUGAUGGCAAGGAACUUGCUGUGAAAAUCUUAAAGCCAUCUGAAGAUGUGUUGAAGGAGUUUGUUCUGGAAAUUGAGAUCAUCACUACCUUGCAUCAUAAGAACAUCAUUUCUCUCUUGGGGUUCUGUUUUGAGGACAAAAAUCUUCUCUUAGUUUACGAUUUCCUACCAAGAGGAAGUCUUGAAGACAACCUUUAUGGUAAUAAGAAGGACCCACUUACAUUUGGUUGGAAUGAAAGAUAUAAGGUGGCUUUAGGAGUCGCAGAGGCCUUGGAUUAUCUUCAUAGCUGCAGUGCUCAACCUGUGAUCCACAGAGAUGUUAAAUCAUCAAAUAUACUAUUAUCUGAUGAUUUUGAGCCACAGCUCUCUGAUUUUGGACUUGCUAAAUGGGCACCAACCUCUUCGUCUCAUAUAAUCUGCACUGAUGUUGCUGGAACUUUUGGUUACUUGGCUCCUGAAUACUUCAUGUAUGGCAAGGUUAACAAGAAGAUUGAUGUUUAUGCAUUUGGUGUUGUACUCCUUGAGCUUCUUUCGGGGAAAAAGCCAAUAAGCAAUGAUCUUCCAAAGGGCCAAGAGAGCCUAGUUAUGUGGGCAAAACCGAUCCUAAACGGUGGAAAGGUUUCCCAAUUGUUAGACUCAAGCUUGGGUGAUAGCUAUGAUCUUGAUCAGAUGGAGAGGAUGGUUUUAGCUGCCAAUCUGUGUGUAAAACGUGCCCCCCGAGCUAGGCCUCAAAUGAGCCUUGUUGUGAAGCUCCUCCAAGGUGACGCGGAAGCGACCAAGUGGGCAAGGUUGCAAGUUAACGCUGCAGAAGAAUCUGACGUGUUGGAUGAUGAAGCAUGUCCGCGUUCUAAUCUCCUGUCCCACCUUAACCUUGCAUUGCUUGAUGUUGAGGAUGAUUUGCUCUCCUUGAGCAGCAUUGAGCACAGUAUAUCAUUGGAGGAUUACUUGGCAGGUGGAGCCGCUCAUCAAGCUUAGACUAACCAACACCAUUACUGGCAGGUGAAAUGCAAGUAGAACUUGUUCACUCCCUGCAAUUCUUUUGUAUAUACAUCCUUUUGGUUUUUACAUUUCUUGUUCAGUUAGGUUUGUGUUCUUCUUUGGGUUGCUGACAGAUGGGUUUUGGAUGAGAGGCUGUUUGUGGUGUGUCCUCCUCCUUCCCUUUAGCGGUCAUAAUGUAGCCACCAACUUGUUGGGACGGUUCUUUCCUUUUUACCUCAAAGGUGUCGGUGAUUGAUCUAAAUGGAUCAAGAUUGUAAUUUUUUAUAAUGGUUGACGAUGAUGAUGAUGAUUUUACUGUAACACUGAACGUUUUCUGAUAAAGUGAGACGGUGAGCACAAAAAAAGCCACUGCUCCUGGUGUCUUAAAAAUGGUUAAAUAGAAUAGAUUUUGAUUAA